AUGCAGCCCCCGCGAUCGGCCUUAGUCAUGCUUGGCUUUCAUGGCCCCACCGCCACUCACGGCGGCCAGGUUGACGGUGCCUAUCGCACAGGAAGCUUCCCGUCCGGCGGAAAACCUCGCAGGUGGUGGUGGCGGCGGCAGCAGCACUGUUUGACGGAACUGGUGGCGCCAGGCAGCCUUCACUCGACUGCUGCGCCAGACUCAGCCCCGGGGCUUCAACUCUCGCUCGAGCGGCCCGCCUUCUGCACCGCCGCACAGCGCUGUCAUCACUUCCUGGCUGAUGACAUCACCGCGAGCCGAGCUCCGAGCGAGGUGGACCAGAAACGCGUGGCUCGAUCCACGAGCUCGGAGAAACAGCGUAAAAGGCCCAACGCCAAUGCGAGCAGCACCUACACGCCCGCCAGCAAGCCCUCCGGGGCGGCAGUCUCCGCGCAUGCGCCUGGAGCUCAGCUCCAAGAGCUUCCGAUGCCGGCCGCGCGCCACCGACUGGAGCGCGUCCGGUGGCGCAAGCGCCGCACCUGGCGUUCGGCACGCCGCCUGGUUCAUACCGAGAAGCGAACCACUUCCGUGAGUUCGCCGCGUCACCACCACUUCCCUUCCGAGCCGCCCCGAGCCGAGAGCACCAGGAUGAAGGAGGUCGCUUCGCUGCCCCGCACGCCCACGAUGGCCGCCGCCGCGGCGCCGCCGCCGGCCGCGGACGUGACGGCCGACAUGGAGCUCAUGGGCGCCACCAACCGCGACAUGUUCUCGUGGCUGCUCUUCAACUCGGAGAACAUGACGGCGCCCGCGGGCGUCCACCCGCCCGCCGGCAUGGACCACGCGCACACGCUGGCCACGUCCAUGGCGCUGGACGACCCGUUCCGCAUGCUGGGCCCCGGCGACGACACCAGCCUGCCGCUCGCGCUGCACCCGACGACUUCCGCGCCGCUCAUCCAGACCGGCGCGCUGACCGUGGCGCUGCCGGCCUCGACGCCCGCCACCACGACGGCCCCGGCCACGAUGGCGGCGCCCACCAAGCCCGCGCCGACGCAGCGCGGCAAGAAGCGCUCGGCCGCCGAGGCGGCGGCGGACGUGGCCAGAGACCUGCACGGCAAGCCGCUGACCAACACCGAGGGCCUGCUGCGCCACCUCGAGAGCGCCAACAACGCGCUCGUGCAGAAGCGCCAGGCGGUGCACAGCGGCCCGGGCGCGGCGGUGGCUGCGGCUGCUGCGGUCGCCGCCCCCGCCGUCAAGUCGCCCAAGACAGAGAAGGCGCCCCCGUCCAGCAGCGGCAGCGACAACAACGGAGACCUCACGAGUCUGCAGCGCAAGCUCAAGCUCGAGCGCAACCGCGAGUCGGCGCGCGAGUGCAGACGCCGCAAGCGCGAGCACAUUCUGGGCGUCGAGGAGCGGUGCCGCCAGCUGGAGCGCGAGAACAUGGAGCUGCGCGGCCAACUGAAGGCGGGCAAAGAGGCCAUCCGCCAGGAGGAGAAGGAGAAGAACCGCGUGUGCGAGGAGCUGGAGAAGAUGAUCCAGCGCGGCGCCUCGGAGAAGGAGCUCGCCGAGAAGAUCGACAAUUUCAAGGAGCAGUACUCGGACUACGGCCACGGCCGCCGCUCGGCGCUGAGCUACCACCUCCACCAGAUUGAGCGACUGCUGCUGCCCACGCAGGUGACCAAGAUGUGCAUUUGGGCGCUGCGCCAGGACGACAGCUUCUGGCAAGACGAGGAGGACGAGACAAGCCUGCCGGUCAUCCUGGCCAAGGAGCUCGGGCUGAGCGAGGACCAGAAGAAGAAGAUCCAGCAGCAGCGGGGGUCGAUCUCGCUCAUCUGUGAGAACCUUAAGAGUGCGCUGGGCCUGCUAGCGGAGCUCAAGACCGAGGUGACCAACAAAAACUCCACCUUAGAUAUGGAGAUGGACAAGCUGCAGAACAUUCUGACCCCCACCCAACGCGCCAAGUUUAUUGUGUGGGUGACCAACAACCAGGCGUGCAUGCACCUGCUGAACAAGCUGUGGCGGAGUGUGCUAUGA